GGGGGGUGAUAUCUGAUUGGAACGUGCGCAGAAGAUCGCGCUCUCGUGCCGGAGGUCUCGCUAGUACAAGUGUCAGUACAGAGGUUGUCUCGCGCUAAGCACCGCGCGCGCGCUCUGGGAACGCUUCCACUCCUGUGUUUAAUGGGGAGAGGGGGAAAUAAUUUCCCCAUCUGAGAUUCCGGGAUGAAGUAGCAUUUCCUCAGUCUGGAUGAUAAUGGGAUAAUUGUCUUUCGAAGCCAGAUGUGGAUUUCCUCUUUUGGAAUUUGCAUGAUGCGCAAUAACCGUUCUUUCCGCCACAUUCUCCUUUGAGCUUGUCUACUUCAUUUUCGCCGUUGACAUGUGUGGAAAAUGUAGCUCAUUGCCCCGCCGACACGUUUUGGAUUCACAGGCUUGAAUAAUGAAAAUCUUUUGAGAUGAAAAGCAGCACGUUUGUGGGUAUUUUUUUGCGUGUGCGCGGCUCGUGCCUCAUCUUGCGCCUCACCAGCCUGUUGUCUGUGUCCGUGGAGAAACGCACAACUUUGCCGCGAGCUAGAGCCGGAGCGGAGGCUGCGGCGGGUCUGAGCGGCGCGCCAGUGCCACACGCGGGCGGCCACGAGGGGGACCGGGACCGACACGGUGGCCACGCUGCUCGGCUGGCCUGCGCGUGGACGGGGGAUCCGGGGCGAUUGUGGCGCGGCGAGGAUGAAGACAGUGGCGGUGAUGACGAUGAAAGCCGCCGUGCUGCCGCCGUCGUUAUGCGUUCUCCUGUGCGCCCUGGCGUUGUUCCCGCCGCGCGCACUCUCGCACCCGCAGCCGUGCCAAGUGUUGAAGCGGAUCGGCCACACGGUUCGGGUGGGGGCUCUGCAAGUUCAGCCCCGCUUGCUCUCCUCCGCGGCCGGCGGCGGCUCUGAGGACGCGGACACCGACGGGGCGCCGGCGGGCGGCGGAGAUCGGUGGCCGGAGUUGGAGAAGCCGGUGAAAACAAGUGGCGGCGCGCCCGGAUACGGGAGCCACAGGAGUCGAGGCGCCGCAAACAGCCCGCGGGGAGCGAGUCGGAGUAGGAGUCAGACGCGGCACCGUGAGGAAAAUACCUCGAGGGAGAACCGCAUGUUCGCACCCCGAGAUUCGGUCCUGCUGGCGGCGGAGGCUCUGAACCGGGCCGGGCUGCUUCCCUACAAUUUAUCCCUGGAACUUGUGAUGGCCGUUGGGUCCGGGCUCGGCGAGCUGCCCGCCUUCUCCUUCUCCUCCUCGGGGGGACCCGAGGACGAGGACCCGCUGUCUUUUCUGGAGAGCGUGUGUCACACCGUGAUCGUGCAGGGGGUUUCCGCAAUGGUCGCCUUCCCACGGAACCGGGACGAGUUCGUCAAGCUGGAGUUCGUCUCCCUGGCGCUCCAGGUGCCCGUCGUCAGUGUUGUGCAGAGGGAGUUCACGCGUCAGAGUGAGAAUCCUCUCCACCUCCAAAUGGCGAUGCGGACCGUGGAGGCUCCGCCGUCCCAUCUCCUCUAUUCCCUGCUGAUGAUGAAUGGCUGGUGGGACAUCAGCAUUCUGCUCUGCCAGGAAUGGGACAUUAGCGACUUCCUCUCCCUCAUCAAAAACAAUUCCCGUUUCCACUUGGGCACUCUGGUCAACCUGACGACCACGGCCUCAACCUUGGCCCUGUUGUCAUCUUCACUCUCGUCCUCCGGAGCGGCGUCGGACGCCGCGCCGUCGUCUCUGCCUCUUCCCGGCGCCGCUGCCUCGUCCCACGCGUCUUCAUCCACACCCGCGUCUAGAUCAGAUCAACAGCAGGCUCUGAUGCGGCAGCUGGAGGCCCUGAAGGAACCGUCAUCCACGGCGGGGCUGGUGACAUUUGGAUGCGACAUCCGGGACGUGCGGCGCCUGUGGACCUCGGCCGCUCGCUUGGCGCUGCCGGACUUCCACUGGGUCCUGGGCGACAGCCAGAACGUGGCCGAGCUGAGGACGGAGGCGUUGCCUCUGGGGCUCAUAGCACACGGCGUCAUGGGAUCCCCUUCCACGGAUCACUACGUGCACGACUCGCUGGAGCUGGUGGCGCGGGCCGUGGGCCGAGCGGCUCAGGAGAACCCGGUCCUGGCGCUGAUCCCUGGAACUACGAACUGCAUGGAUGCACAGCAGAGGAACGGCAGCUCGGGCCAGUACUUGUCAAGAUUUCUAUCCAACACAUCGUUCGAGGGCCACAGCGGCUUCAUAUCCAGAGGCAGUCACAGCCAGAAGCUCAUCUCAGAAGCCCAUCACUACAUCUGGUCCCUGCAGCUGGACCCCCUCGGCCAGCCAACCUGGACCCGCCUGGGACGCUGGCGCAGGGGGAGGGUUCUGAUGGACCAGGGGGCGUGGCCAAGCCACUUGGGUUCCUUAGGAGGCGACUGGCGCCGCUCCACGCUGCAUCUGCGGGUAGUGACUCUGGUGGAGCACCCGUUUGUGUUUACACGGGAGGUGGACGGGGACGGGUUGUGUCCUGCAGGUCAGCUGUGCCUUGACCCGCUCACUAACGAAACUUCACUUUUGGAAGGACUUUUUCAAAACCUCGCAGGACCCAACGGGUCAGUUCCCACUGAGCUGAAGAAGUGUUGCUACGGCUACUGCAUCGACCUGCUGGAGAAACUAGCGGAGGACAUGGGCUUCACCUUUGACCUCUACAUCGUUGGCGAUGGGAAGUACGGGGGGUUUAAGAACGGCCGCUGGACGGGCCUGGUGGGAGACCUGCUCAGUGGCGCCGCCCACUUGGCAGUGACUUCAUUUAGCAUUAACUCCGCCAGAAGCCAGGUCAUUGACUUCACGUCUCCCUUCUUCUCCACCAGUCUGGGAAUUCUGGUCCGCACCCGUGACACAGCUGCCCCCAUCGGGGCCUUCAUGUGGCCCCUGCACUGGUCCAUGUGGCUGGGCAUCUUCGUGUCCCUUCACGUCACCGCCAUCUUCCUCACGCUGUACGAGUGGCACAGCCCGUUCGGCAUGACGCCGCGCGGGCGCAACCGCGACCGCGUCUUCUCCUUCUCCUCGGCGCUCAACGUGUGCUACGCCAUCCUCUUCGGGAGGACGGUCGCCAUCAAGCCGCCCAAGUGCUGGACCGGCCGCCUGCUGAUGAACCUCUGGGCCAUCUUCUGUUUGUUCUGUCUGUCGACCUACACUGCGAACCUGGCUGCCGUCAUGGUCGGGGAGAAGACGUACGAACAGCUGUCAGGGAUACACGACCCAAAGUUGCACCAUCCCUCUCAGGGAUUCCGCUUUGCUACAGUGAGAGAAAGCAGCGCAGAGGACUACGUCAAAAAGAGUUUCCCCGAGAUGCACGAGUACAUGAGACGAUACAACGUCCCAGCGACGCCAGACGGCAUACAUAAUCUCAAAGCUGACCCUCAGAAGCUGGAUGCAUUCAUCAUGGACAAGGCGCUGCUGGACUAUGAGGUCUCCAUAGAUGCAGACUGCAAAACACUAACCGUCGGGAAACCCUUUGCAAUAGAAGGUUACGGCAUCGGCCUUCCUCAGAACUCUCCGCUCACCUCCAACAUCUCCGAGCUUGUUAGUCAGUACAAGUCGGACGGCUUCAUGGACAUGCUGCAUGACAAAUGGUACAAGGUCGUGCCCUGUGGGAAGCGCAGCUUUGCUGUCACUGAGACGCUGCAGAUGGGUAUCAAGCACUUCUCCGGGCUGUUUGUGAUGCUCUGCGUGGGCGUGGCCUUAUCCUUACUGACCACGAUAGCGGAACACAUUGUGUACAAGCUGGUGAUACCGAGGGUCAAGGAGCCGCGCUUCAAAUACUGGCUGCAUACGAGCCAGAGAUUACACCGAGCACUCAACUCAGUCUUCACCGAUGACAAACUACCAACUGUUACAAAGCCUGAGAAGAGGUGCAAUGAAGGAAACAAUCCGGCAGCGUCGUGGAACCCUGGUGACUCAUCCCACUGCAACAGACGCAGGGUUCUGCCGCAGGAAAUGCAGAACGACCUGGAACGACCAUCCCAGGAUCCUGCUUCUUCACUGCCUCAUUCUCUUCCCCUGCUGGAGAAGCACCUGCCCAUAGUGACCACUUCCAACGGCCGGUCUGACCUACUGGGCCGAGCACUGGGACAAGGACUGGGGCCCGGACAAGGCCCUGCACAGUGCCGGAGCUUUGGUGUGGGUGACUGUGGUCCGGGUCUGGGUACCGGACGGAACACACUUGUUCAGGAGCUGUCAGAACUGGAGGGCCAAAUCCAAGUGAUCAAGCAGCAGCUGCAGACAGCCUUGAGGAGGAAGAGAGAGCUAGAACAGUACCAGUCAGAAAACCAGCAAGCAAACCAGACUGCGCCCAGUCAGGCCAGUACACACCAGUCCAAUCAGUUUGCUCCGUAUGCACAGUCCCACCAGCAGACUAACCAACACACGAACACUCUUCCGGAGUUCUGAAGCCUUUCUCAUCUCUUCUCUGAGGGACUUGGUGAAACUAGAUUCCAAGACGUCCUCCUGCAGGUUCUGGAAUAGAAUCCACGUCUGGGUUCUCAAGAAGGAAGCGGCGUUCUGCAAACAGGAUCCUCUAGGCUCAGGAGAUGAAAGCCUGGACUGAGAUGUUCUUCAGGGAUCAGACCUUGCUGUGGAACAUCUCCUGACUGCUGAAACAAGCGCGUGGAGUAAACCAGCAGCAGUGAAGUCGGCAUCCUGAAGCGGAUCUGUUCCAUCUAACCGGCCGCUGUCACUGAGGAGCUGAUCUUAACUUCCCUUCUGCCUUUUCCUAUUUCUCUUCUCACACCUCUCCCUUCUCUUUAGGCCUUCUCUCGUCAAGCGUACAGAUUUGCCUGGUAUGAUGAAGCUUGACCAUAGCUUUGAAGAAUCUUUUGUAUUUAAGCCUAAUUGGCUAAUUCACCUGAGUCUUGUGUUCAGACGCGGUGAAAUGACCGGAGGUUGAACCCAGCCAGUUAAGUCCUUAAGUCCUCGUGUCUUGCUGAAACCCUUUGGGGGGAGGUGAAGAAAUAUAUCUGCUGAUGAUUGGUCCAUUUUACCAUUUGUGUCCUGAUGUUCUUGGCCUUUGACAGCAUUUAAUUUGGCUCAGGGCAUCUUUUUCCAGUAAGCCUUUUGCAGGUUGGUGGGCUGUUGUUAUGAGUGGAACUAGACUUUUGGCAAGACACCUCUAUAUUCAUGAAGAACAUCCUGUGUGUUGUGGAUUAUGGGACAAUACAAAUUCUCAUGUAUGGAUCACUGUGUAACGUUGUCCUGCACUUCACGGAUGCACUUCUAGUUCCUUAAACAAAGCUGCACCUACAGGUCAUCAUGUAACUCAUCAGAGUUUGACCGAUGGUCCAGAGGACGGUUUUGUGUCAUAAGGGUUCAGGUUGAACAGAGACCAGUAAUACAGCUGCGAGCUCGUUAGCUUUUCUAGUCAGGGAUCCAACCGGUGCUCUAGUAAUAUUGUAAACACAGGACCCUCACUGCGGUAUCAUUAAAAAGGUAAACGUAAGAAGGUGACCGCUAGUCGAACUCUGACGUGUUAUAGAUGAACGUUCACAACUGAACACAUUGAACAGCCCCUUUGUGAUGAGACCUGUUUUCCUGCAACGUUUCGGGUUUGGAUGUGUUCUGUAAUUAAAGAAUUACCUCUAUUCUUUGCACUUAC